AUGAUUUUUGGCCACAGGAGUUGGCUUCUGGCCGUUUUCGGUCUGAGCGUCGCCGCUGGUGUCGCGUCGCAAGCAAUCCGUAAGUUUUUGAAUUUUUAGGUUCAAAAUUGUUUUCAAAGUUUAAAUUUAGAUAUCAAAAAUUUUUUACAAACUCAAGAUAAGCCUAAAAAUUCAUUUUCUCAUUUAUAAGCCUAAACCUUAAAAUUGUAAGCCAUAAAACUGUAAAUCUCCUGUUUUCUCAAUAUUACAUUUGACCUUUGUGGGGCCAACCUAUCUUUGUACUGAUCUCCGCGAUGAUAUCUUUAAUAUUUACCGGCGACGACCUUCACCUAUAAAAAGAAGCGUCCGUCUUCUACCGAUUCUGUUUUAUGACACAAUUCAAUGCACUUUCUCAAGGCUUCUAAGUGUUCUGCAGCUUUGAAUUUUAAAAGGCUUAAAUUUUAAAAAAUGAUAAAAUGGUAGAUAUUUUAAUUUUUUUUUAAAUUUAAAUCUUGUAAAUUCAAUUUUAAAUUUAGAAAAAAUCGGUGGUUAGUAUAGUAUAAAGGCUUAAAAUAGCAUGUUAUGACACAAAAGUCUAAAAUAUUUGGUUGUUCAAAAAGUUCUGCGCCACCUAACAACCCAAAGUUGCUUUGAGAUGGAGCACAGAAUUAUUUGAACAACCUAAUAUAGACAUAUUUUUUCUUAUAUAUGACAUAUCUAAACAACCUAAUAAAUUGUUUGUGAUGAGAGUCUACUGUAACAUUAGUGAGAGUCUACUAUAAAAUAUUUAUAAUCAGAGUCUACUAUUGCAUAUUUUACUUUGAUAUGUCUGAACACUUUUCAUAAAAUGCCAAAGUAAAGGUUGAUAAACUGGAAAUCAGCCGAGUAACCUACUGACCCAGAAUCCGAAAUCAGUCGCCGUUCCGACGUUCCGUUAACAAAGGAACAGUCGCGAUUAAUUAGUAUCUUGAUGUGAAAGUAAAAUUCGUCUCAAUUAAGUUCAGACAUAGAAAAGUGAAAUAUGUCGUAGUAGAGUCUCAUUAUAAAUAUGUUGUAGUAGGCUCUCAUUAAAAAAAUCUAUUAGGUUGAGUAUAUAUGUCAUGUAUUAUACUAGAUGUCAUAUAUUUUAAAGCAUAUAUGUCAUAUACUAGAGGGGAUAAGUCUAUAUUAGAUCGUUCAAAUAAUUCUGCGCCCCUCUAAAACCAAAUUUUCGAGAUUAAGAGGCUCAGAAUUGGUUGAACAACCUAAUAAAAGCAAGACAUUACACAAUAACAACAUUUUAUUAUUAAAAAACUUGACUGCAACGUAUUCCUACUGUAACAAAAACCAUUAAAAAUAAAUAAAAUUUAAAAAUAAAACUUUUUGACAUUAAUAUUGACAUUAACUUCAAACAAAAACCCACAUUUAACCUAUAACAAAAUAACUUUCUACAACAACGUACCUUUCAGCGGUAAUCUCAUCAUGUCCCGAGGGUAACUCGCCAGUUUUCCUUCUCCAACACAACACAACUUACGGUAUCUCGCUUCGUGAAGUCCCGACCAGUAGUUUCAUCGACUGUUCCGAGCUCUGUGCCGCUGGCAACGUAAGUCUUGAGUUUUGAGUGUUUCCGCCAAUCCACGAGUGUGAAUCGAGAAUGCACGUCGCUAACCAUCAUGGUAGAUGCUCACUUACAUUAUACCUUUUGUCUUAUCUUGAGCUCCAUAAACUGUCUUUCAACCCCCUCUCAUUACAUUUCAAACCUUAUAUUAACCAUGUUUGUCCACCGUAACCCGUAACAGUUUGUCGCCUAUCCUAACUCCCCCUCUGUUGCUCUGAGGCUUCUGUUAAAGCGUUGGGCCCGUGAAGGUGACGUUUUUGAUUCGCACUCGGCCGCUCUCCUCAUGCGGGUCCUGGAUUUGCCGUGGGAGUUGGCGGCGGACUGCGCCCUCCUCCGCCGUUUCAACCGUCGCUUAGCCGAUGAUUUACAGGAUUGUGUCGGAGUCGAGUACCAUGCUGGACGGUGUCGUCUGAUUGGUGCCGCCGCGAACAAGGAAGUCUACGAGCCGGUGUUCGAUGAAGCGUCGUUGGCGACAAAGACUUGUGUUAAGGUAGGUUAAUAUCAGUUGAGAUUGAUUGGAAAAGCAGUGAUAAGUUGUAAAGUAUCAAGUUUCGAGUAGUCUUAGUAUCAUAUGUUGAAAAAAGUUACUUCGACAGAUUUUAAUAUGAAUUUCAGAGCGCCAGAGUCUGCCACUCACCGUUCCACUUCGACGUGAAAGAACAGAAGAUUCUGGUCGGAUUCGCUCGUGAAGUCGUCCCAGCCGACUCUAUUCAGGUAAAUACAUCUUUCUCUACCUUUAUAUAUUCAUAUAAAGAGGUUAUUCACCUUAAAACCUUUUAAAAUGUUGUUUUAAAGCUUGAAAUCUAUAUUAUCCAUGACCUUUCACAAUUCAAACCUCAAUUUUUAUCUUAUUAUCAAGUCAAUAACGUACUUCCUCAUCAAAACAACUUCAGGUAUGCCUCUCCGCCUGUCUGAACGCCUUCGAGACCUUUGGCUUCGAGUGUGAAUCCGUGAUGUACUACCCAGUCGAUUCUGAAUGCAUCCUCAACACCGAAGACCGCCUCGACCGUCCCGAUCUGUUCGUCGACGAACACGAAGACACCGUCAUCUACCUGGACAACAACUGUGCCGGCUCUCAAUGCUACGCUCCAUACGUAACUCAGUAUGUCGCUGUUGAAAACCGUCAAUUGGUCGAGGAACUUGACCGCACCUUCCACGACCUGACCUUGGAAGAGUGUGAACAGAUCUGUACCGAGAGAAUCACUGUCGGAGCCAAUGACUUCAACUGCAAGUCGUUCAUGUACAACGCCAAGAACAGGACCUGUAUCGUGUCGGACGAGAGGUCGAAGCCUUUGGGACGUGGAAACCUGACCGAAGCCAUCGGCUUCAACUACUUCGAGAAGAAAUGCUUUGCUUGUAAGUCUUGAUAUCAGCGCGUCUGAAUGUCAUGUUAUCUUAUACUGGAUUUACAUAUCAUACCAAAGCAGAUUAAUAACAUACUCAACAUAAAACCACCCCAAACCAGCACUAAUCCCUCAAUUUCAGCCCCAAGGACUUGUCGCAACACAGCCUCCUUCACCCGUGUUCCUCAGAUGCUUUUGGUCGGAUUCGCCGCCUUCGUAAUGGAGAAUGUACCAUCUGUUACCAUGUGCUUGGACCAGUGUACUAACCCACCACCAGAGACUGGCGAGAACUUUGUCUGCAAGUCUGCCAUGUACUACUACAACGAACAAGAGUGCAUCCUCAACGCCGAAUCUCGCGAGAGCAAGCCAGAACUGUUCAUUCCAGAAGAAGACGACUUUCUGGUCGACUACUUCGACAUCAACUGCCACCUCCAGGCCGAGAAGUGCCCAGCUGGCAAGGAUGUGUCUGUCGUGCGAUCACUUAACGCCGCUCUGCCCGAGGGUGAAGGCCCAAUGCACGUGAUCGAGAGCUUGACUGGCGACGUUCAAGAAUGUGCCAAGAAGUGCUUCGGAAUGGCUCCAGAGAAGUGUCGCUCUUUCAACUACGACAAGGACAGCAAACUCUGCAACUUGUUGUACUUGGACGGAAAGACCACGUUGCGACCUCAGGUGAAGAGUGGCGUCGACCUCUACGACCUCCACUGUUUGUCGCCAGCCCCGACCUCGUGCCAGGCCAAGGACCCAGCCCAGUUCUCUCGCUACCUGUACACCAAACAGCCCGGUCUGCCCACCGAGGAGUUGAGUGUGGUCAGCUUGAGCACUUGCCUCGAAAAGUGUGCUUCCUCGGAGCGAUGUGAAGGUGUCAACUACAACCGCAGAAGCGGCGACUGUGCUCUGUUCGCGACAAUCGAGAAGGAAGUGGGCGCUCCACACGACCACGUCGAUUUCUACAAGAAUCUGUGUCAAGUCAAGGAGGUGGAUUCUGGAGCGUCGUCGGCCGCCAACGUGCCAAAGGAAGAGAUCAAGGAGUCGUCGGGACACGCCUUCAACAAGACCAGACACCCGAUCCUGGAGCAGAGCCAGAAGAAGCCCAGCCUGAAAGAGAAGGAGGAAGCUCGCUUCGCUCCAUUGAAGGAAGCGACUUCCGAGACCGAACAACCCAUCCUCCCCGACGCCAAGCUCGACGUCAAGGCCACCGGACACAUCGCCCCAACUGGACCACCAGUACUAGUCGGCCCAGAAGCCGUGCACACCAUCUGCAACUACGAAGGCAUCAAGGUACAGAUCAAGAACGACAAACCCUUCAGUGGUGUCGUCUUCGUCAAGAACAAGUACGACACUUGUCGCGUCGAGAUUGGAGAAUCUGAUUCCGCUACAUUAGUCCUCGGACUUCCUCACGACUUCGGAAUGAAGCCCAUUCUUCUGAAUGCUCUGGCGACAGAUGAGGAGAAGGCCGCUGAACUGAAGCUGACCAAGGAAAAGUUGGCCGACAACGAAGAAUCGACCUCAGCUCACGGCGAGUUGGCUGGCAACGAGAUCCGUCGCAAGCGACAAGCCACCCGCGACUGCGGAAUCCAGGACAUGAACAACGGUACCUACAAGACCACUGUCGUCGUUCAGACUAACAACUUGGGCAUCCCUGGCCUCGUCACCUCCAUGGACCAAAUCUACGAGAUCAGCUGCGACUACUCCAGCAUGCUGGGAGGUAAGGUCACGACCGCCGCCAACAUGACCGUCCACGGCCCCACCCCGUCGCUGAUCCAGCCCCGCGGCAAGAUCGAGCUCGGCAACCCUGUCAUGAUGCAGAUGAGUAUGGCCAACAGCACCGAGACCAAGCCCGUCAUCCACGCCAAGCUCGGCGACAUCCUCGAGCUGCACUGGGAGAUCAUGGCGAUGGACGAGGAGUUGGACUUCUUCGUCCGCGACUGCUACGCCGAAGCCGGCGGCAAGGAGCGACGCGAGGACGAGAAGCUUCAGCUCAUCGAGGAGGGUUGUCCCACCCCUGCUGUCGCCCAAAAGCUCAUGCCAGAGGCAAUCAAGAUGCAAGGCAGUGCCAUCAAGAUCGCCCAUCUCCAAGCCUUCCGCUUCGAUUCGUCGCCAACUGUCAGUGUGACAUGCAAAUUGGAGAUCUGCAAGGGAAUGUGCAAGUCGCAACAGUGCAAUCUGCUCAAUGGAGUGCAGGAGAGUUGGGGUCGCAAGAAGAGAUCGCUGCAGGACUUGGACAACUCUGUCACUGAGUGUAAGUUUCGCUUAUUUAAAUUUUUUUAAAUUUAAAAGUAAAAAAAAUUUCAAAAUUUCAAAAAAAAACAAUUUUCAAAUUUUAAUUUCAGUCGAGACCAAACGCUACAAGAUCCCUCGCUUCGCUCAAGCCACCACCUCCCUCGUCAUCAUCGACCCCCUCCAACAGAUCAACGACCCUCAACCUCAGGUGUCGCUGAACAAGAACUCACCGGUCGAGUUGGCCAAUCAGUCGCCGGAGAUUAUGCAGAAUGUCGCUGUCGCACCGGAAGGACAAAUGUGCAUGAACAAGUACUCUCUGUUGGGUGUGACUGGUACCCUGUUGUUGAUCAUUCUGGUACAGGCGUUGGUUGUGGGCAAGUACAUCUUCUCGCGACUACUCAACGACUCGCCCAAACAGUACUACUAG